UUAAUACAAGAGGGGAGAUUCUCUAAUUUGUAACUGAGUUAUUCAUUAUUUUCCCUUCUGCUACUAUUAUUAUUAAUAUUAUCAUCAUCAUCACUGUAGUAACGAUGAUAAUAGUUAGAAAACUUAAAGAAUUUCGAUCUGGGAUCAAUUAUUCUCUUCUAUUCCAGUGUUGUAGGAGUUGUCCAGUAGAUGGAGCUGGAGUGUUUAUUUGUCCUGUUCCUGUCCACAGACAGAGAGAGAGAGAGAGAGAGAGAGAGAGCCGGGUUCUUCCUGGUCCUGCGCUCUGUGCUGUAAACACUGACUGAAGGCUCCCAGUGACUCUGAGUGACUCCAAUGUUGAGGAUCAGCUGCCUUCUGGGAUCUGCGCAGCACCUGGCCUCCAUCCAAACCCUGAGGAACACCAUCCAGCUGCACAGCAGCAUGUCCGCCUCCCGUCCCCCGCUGGCCGCGGUCUGCCAGGUCACCUCCACCCCGGACAAGGAGGCCAACUUCUCGUCCUGCCGGCGGCUGGUGGAGGAGGCCCGGCGGCGGGGGGCCUGCAUGGUCUUCCUGCCCGAGGGCUUCGACUACAUCGGCUCCAGCCGGGAGGAGACGCUGGACAUGUCCGAGAGCCUGCAGGGAGACAUCAUCUGCAGAUACAGCCAGCUGGCCAGAGACCUGCAGGUGUGGCUGUCGCUGGGAGGGUUCCACGAGCGAGGACCCGACUGGGAGAAGGACCGGCGGAUCUACAACAGCCACAUCAUCAUCAACGACAAAGGGGAGCUGACCUCAGUCUACAGGAAGUCUCACCUGUUCGACGUGGAGCUUCCAGAGAAAGGAGUUUCCCUGAAGGAGAGCUCCUUCACCGUGCCGGGACCCUCGCUGCUGCCCCCGGUCGACACCCCCAUCGGAAAGGUCGGCCUGGGGAUCUGCUACGACCUCCGGUUCCCGGAGCUGUCGCUCGCCCUGCUCCGCCACGGCGCCGACGUCCUCACCUACCCGUCGGCCUUCACCGUGGCGACGGGGGCGGCUCACUGGGAGGUGUUGCUGCGUGCGCGCGCCAUCGAGACCCAGUGCUUCGUGCUGGCGGCGGCCCAGGUGGGCCGGCACCACGAGCGGCGCUCGUCAUACGGCCACGCGCUGGCGGUGGACCCCUGGGGGGAGGUGCUGGGGGACUGCGGCGGCGAGGAGCCGGGCGUGGCGCUGGUGGAGGUGGACCUGGACAAAGUGAGCCGGACCAGGAGGAACAUGCCGGUGCAGCAGCACCGCAGAGACUCGGCUUUCUACAGCAACCUGGAUCAAAGCUGAGCCGCAGACUUUACAGACCGGGAAGGAUUUUAAUGAUGGAAACAGAUUAUGUACCCAAAACAAAUCAUCAGCCAAUAAAUAUACAGUUAUAGCUUUAAUCACUGCAGUAGAUCACCUAUUUUCCUUUUUUAAAGCUCACUUUAUCUUCUUUUCAGACCUUGAAACUAUUCUGAGUGAAAUUACCCGCAUUGAUCAGUAGGUGGCGCUGUUCGUCCAGGAAAACAGGAGAAGUUGCAGUAAAACAUUUUGUUCCAGGGUUGAUCACUGAUUAAAAUGAAUCCUUUACUGGUAAAGUGACCAUCUCUGGCUCAUCCGGGUUCUUCUAAUCAAAGAUUGAUGGAUUGAAACCAGUGGACUUAAUACAUUAUUCAGUAUUGAUUCUACAAACUGAUUUAUAUUAUCAAAGAUACGCAAUUGAGAGUUUUACUCACUUUGCCAUCGCUCUUUUCAAAGAGUUUCUGAAGGGUCAAAUACACCUACCUAUAACCCUUUUAAAGUGUCAAAAGUAAAAAUACGAACAUCGCUGUGUUGUAGUUAAGUGCAGAACUCACUAAAAUCUCACAUUUUUAAUGAUUAAAUGCUUAAAACUGUCUAAAUGUGAUACAUUUGUUCAAUUUAUAUCACUUCUUAUUGAUAACAGUACAUUGUUUUCAUCCAUUAUGAGUGCAGUGAUUGAAUACAGUGUGGUUACUCUGACAGUUCUUUUUAGGUUUAGUUGUUUGAACCAUUGGUUGCAGGCCGGAUUGAUGUGUGUGUGACGAGCGUUUCAUUUCUGCGAUCUCCUGACUGCUCAGCACAAAUAAUGGAUCCCUGAUGCAUUCCAGAGAACAGGGCAUUAGUCUGUAACUUUUAUGACCAGGAGAGCUGUUUUCAUGAUUUUCCACCAAAUAAAAUGUGUCUGGAGCCAUAAAACAUAUAAUGACCUGAACAAUAUUACUAAU